CGGGCCACCCGAAGUGGAGCCGAACCUGGCCGAACCCCCCGGACGACCGCCCGAACGCAGCGCGAGCGCGGCGUGCGCCGUAGCGGCUCGGGUCGCGAGGCUCGCGCUUUGCAGCAACUCUGUGCUGCUCGUGCUUUUGACAGGAGCAUCAUCGCGCAGCGUCCCCGCAAAGCCUACCCACGGCGUCGCACAUCGCCAGCAGCCGAGCCUACAGCCCAGCUUCCCAGUCAGCUGUGCAGCCCUCCGCCUUGAGUAGCAUGGCCGACUACCUGAUCUGCGGCGGCACUGGCUACGUGCCCGAGGACGGCCUGACCGGCGCACAGCUCUUCAGCAGCGGCGACGGCCUCACCUACAAUGACUUCAUCAUUCUGCCCGGAUUUAUUGACUUCUCCGCCGACGAAGUGGAUCUCACCUCGGCUCUUACCAAGAAGAUCACCUUGAAGGCCCCGUUGGUCUCUUCCCCGAUGGACACUGUUACCGAAUCGGAAAUGGCAAUUGCUAUGGCUCUAUGUGGUGGCAUUGGCUUCAUCCAUCAUAACUGCACACCAGAGUAUCAGGCCAAUGAAGUAAACAAAGUUAAAAAGUACAAGCAUGGAUUCAUUCGAGACCCAGUGGUUCUGAAACCUGAUAAUCUUGUGAGUGAUGUUUUUGAAACAAAGAAAGAACAUGGCUUCUGUGGUAUCCCAGUGACAAACACAGGAAAAUUAGGUGGCAAGCUAUUAGGUAUGGUCACUUCUCGUGACAUAGACUUCUUGGAAGGAAAGACAAACCAGAACAUCAAGCUUGGAAAUGUCAUGACCAAAAGGGAAGAUCUUGUUGUGGCAUCCGCUGGAGUAACCUUAACAGAAGCUAAUGAUAUCCUCGAAAAGUCAAAGAAGGGCAAAUUACCUAUAGUCAAUGAUGCUGAUGAGUUAGUUGCAUUAAUUGCUAGAACUGAUUUGAAGAAAGCCCGCAGCUACCCAGAUGCUAGCAAGGAUGACAACAAACAGCUAUUAGUUGGUGCAGCCAUUGGUACCAGGGAAAAUGACAAAGAAAGACUACGUCUUCUUGCUGCUGCUGGAGUGGAUGUCGUCGUGCUUGAUUCUUCUCAAGGAAACUCUACUUACCAAAUUGAUAUGAUUAGGUUUAUUAAACAAAACUAUCCCGAACUUCAAGUGGUAGGAGGGAAUGUUGUGACAGCAGCCCAAGCAAAGAAUCUCAUUGAUGCUGGUGUUGAUGGUCUUCGUGUAGGUAUGGGCUCAGGCUCUAUCUGUAUAACACAAGAAGUCAUGGCUGUGGGUAGGCCUCAGGGUACUGCUGUCUACAAGGUAGCAGAGUAUGCCAGACGAUUUGGUGUUCCUGUAAUAGCCGAUGGUGGCAUCCAGUAUGUAGGACAUAUCAUUAAGGCCCUUUCUUUAGGUGCUUCGACAGUUAUGAUGGGCUCCUUGUUAGCUGGUACCUCUGAAGCUCCUGGAGAAUACUAUUUCUCUGAUGGUGUUAGACUGAAGAAAUACCGAGGCAUGGGUAGUUUGGAGGCCAUGAACCGCAAGGAUGCUAAGGGAGCGGCCAUGGACCGUUACUUCCAUAAUGAAUUGGACAAGUUAAAAGUAGCUCAAGGUGUUAGUGGUGCUAUCGUUGACAAGGGAUCAGUGCGACGGUUCCUACCUUACCUCACAUGCGGUAUCAGACAUGGAUGCCAGGACAUUGGAUCUCGAAGCCUUUCAGCCCUGAGGUCCAUGAUGUAUUCUGGAGAACUCAAGUUGGAGCGACGUUCAAACUCUGCCCAGCAAGAAGGCAAUGUUCACAGCCUGUUCUCUUAUGAAAAGCGCCUAUUCUGACAUUCAAAGGACUCUAAUAAUUUGCGUAAUGAUGUACGCGAUUGAACUAGGUUUCUAGUUAUGUGAUUUUUUAUGAACUCCGGUAUUGACUUUAUUAGAACUUAGUGACAAAUCAUGUGAUGUGGUUGAUUUACAUAUUUUGAAAUGUGCAUUAUGUUGUUUUAGAUAAUUUUAAUUUGAGGAUUUUAUGUUUCUUUUUAAUCAAAAAAAAAAGCUUUGCUAUUGAAGGGACCAUAAUCAAUAGUUUCAAAUU